AAAUUAAAUAUUGGGGGGUACAUGUCUCCCCCAUCCCCCUUGAACCCUGUUCAGAGUAUCUCGCAACCCUGAUUUUGAAGGAUGAAGGUGCCCAAGAUGGAGGCCUGACCGUCCUCCACCUCUCAGCCGCCAUGCUUGGCAGGAAGCAGAGGCAUUUACAAGAAGCCGAAUUUCAGUCGCAUUUUCAGGUGACCGCGCUGAGUGGCGCUGGUUACAGUCUGCAAACGUGUGGCAGAUCACACUCCGCUUGCGUGUUCACCUGCCAGAAUGCGCGUCCGCAGACCCCCGCUGGUGGACCGCUGCCAUAUGUACUAGCGAGACACCGCUCUGCUGAUCUUUGGACCACUGUAACUUUUGACCACUUCCGCAUACAAACCAGAGACGGGGGUGACUUUCUAUUUCCAUCCUGUCCUGGUGCACCUCAGAGUUGAUUCUUAAAUCUCUCUGGCUGUUUUUCGUCUUGACCAGUCACCCUGUGCUUUGAAGGUCUAAUGAUAGGGGUCACCAGGAGGUCUGCAGGACCAGCCUGUGCCCAGACACGCACACCCUCUGCCUAUCUGAGAUGCUCUGGACAGCCAGCAUCUUCCGGUUAUGCAGCUGCUGAUUUAAUCUUCCUUUGGGCAGUUCCCUGUGAUCCUCACUGGCGUCGUUCUCCCCUGGCACCCAUUCAGCCUCCUGCUCCACCCUGCAGGGACCACAUCGCGCAGAUCAUUUGCUUUCAGUCUGCCUCUGGAUUCCUGUUCCAUCCCGGGGGGUCAUGGCUGCAGGGGCAGGAAACCGUGUGCUCGGAGAAGGGCAAAACAUCCCAUUUCCUUCCUCUUUUUUCCAUGGGUGGGGUCAAGGCUUUGCCGGCAGGCUUCUGCCGACGUGCUCCAGAUCCCGUCAGUUCACUGGCUCCCGUCCGCGGCCAGCUUGACAGUCCGGCAUGUUUGGUGAGAGAUCCGCGAUCGUGGCGCCUGGGAGGCGGGUGAAGAGAAGAAACAUGGCCUCCUCUCAGAUACCCUGGCCCACCCCGAUGAGGGCCAUCGGCGCCCAGAACCUCCUGACCAUGCCGGGCGGCGUGUCACACUCCGGAUACCUCCAUAAGAAGGGCGGCAGUCAGUUCAGCCUGAUGAAAUGGCCCCUCCGUUUCAUCAUCCUUCACAAGGGCUGCAUGUAUUACUUUAAGAGCAGUACCUCCCCCUCACCACAAGGGGCGUUCUCCCUCAACGGCUAUAACAGAGUGAUGCGAGCCGCAGAGGAAACCACUGCCAACAAUGUGUUUCCCUUCAAGAUCGUCCACUUCAGCAAGAGGCAUCGCACCUGGUACUUCUCCGCAGCCUGUGAGGAUGAGAGAAAGAAAUGGAUGGUCGACCUGCGAAAAGAAAUUGACUUCUAUCAUGACAGAAGAGAUGCCCGUGUCGCAAGCGAUUCUAAUACAGACUUAGACGGCUUUUAUGGGUCCAUAGAGAAGCCCCUCGAGAUAAACUAUACCCCGGACACAGAAGAUGACUAUGUCGUAGAGGAUGAGGAGGAUGAGGAUGAGGACUACCUUAAACCAGAUGAGGGGCAGAGCAUGACAGGUCACCUCAUGAAGCCUCCACCAGCCUACCCACCUCCCCCAGUUCCAUUUCUGCAGCACACAGACUUUCCACACAGGGCAUCUCCACCACCCCUGGCUCCCACCAAGAAUCUUCCGAACCCUGUGCCCAGGAAACCGGCUCCACCCCUCCCCCCACCCAAGCUGCCCAAACCUGAUAACCUGGUUGAAAUGGACAUGGUCAACAAGGGCCCUCCACCCCCUGUGCCAUUAGCCCACCUCAAGCAAAAGCCUAGCCCAGAACCCCACCCCCGGUUGCCUAAAGGCACCACCCCCUGCACAGCCCCACUUAUCCUGAAGAAAAAGGUGUCGACUACGCUUGGCGUCCUCUCGGAAACCAAGCCCCCGGUACCCAUACAAGGCCCCAGGACUCUGCCCAUCUGUGUCAAUCUGGAGAGGAAUUUGUCCCUGAUGGUUGGGCCGAAGCCCUCGAUGAACCCUCUGAUCCCCGGAAAGAAGCCCCUGGAGGAGCUGGCAAAGCCGGCCAUGUACAGGCCUUCACUAGCACCCAAACCUUCACCCAGCGACACCAAAACCAGAGGCCCCUUCCAAAGAUCCUCACCCGAUGGACAGAGUUUUCGCUCCUCCGUAGAUGAAGUGCCGGCACACCUGAGGAAGGCGGCCCCGAAGCAUGAGGAUGAGUCAGAUGACGACUACGAAAACGUGCAAUUGCCAGAUUCGGUGUUCAUUAAAACGACAGAAACCAGCAAUGUUGAAAAGCUAUUUAAAGAAACUUGCAGAUCUCCUGAAGAUGGACUCUACUGCAUCAGGAACUCAGGGACAAAGACAUCUAAGGUGCUGGUGGUGUGGGAUGUGGGACUGAAUAAAGCCCGGAACUACAGGCUGUUCGAGGAGGAUUCCCGGAUCUUCCUGGAGGCAGAAGUAUCCUUCCCAACACUGGCUGCCCUUGUGGAGUAUUACUACCUUCACCCUCUUCCCAACCACCAAUCCCUUUGCCUGCAGAGACCCUAUGGAUACACCCCCCCUAGGUGACAGGACUCCAUCCCCCAUCUGCUAGUAGAACCUUUACCCUGCAUGCCCGCCGAGAGCGGCUCGCCUGACACGUGAACCAGCAGGGGGCGACAAUGAGACACCUGGGGGGUGGACCACCUUUGCAGGAGAUCUAGGACCGGCAUAUGCACGCACACACUAAAGGAAGGAAAGAUCUUGGUGGAGAUGUGGUCAAAUCUGGACCCAGAGGAGGGAGGGCGCAGCCACUGCAGUUACCUCAAAGACGAAAACUCCACCACUGAUGUCCACCUGGCAGUCAGCUGUCAGUAACAAAAAUGGCAUCCCUAGAGAUACAGCUGGGACUUUCCCAAACAUCUGGAGAGAAACAGUAAGAUUAGAAAAAACCUUAUUUAUUGUCCAAAUCCUGUUGUGAUAUGUACUGUAUAGAGCAGUGGUUCCCAACCUUUUUUAACUCACGGCCCACACAGCCAAACACAUAUGUUUCCGCGGCCCACUGCAAAAGAAUUUAAACGAUCCCGCUUUUUGUGUCGGGUUAACUAAGUACUCGGAAG